AUGGCCCCGCUGGUGCGGUGCUGCGUCCCAGGUGAGUGGCUCUGCAGACUGGAGGAGGGCGCGGCGGGCAGUGGGACCUACACCUGGCACGGCUACACGUGCACGGCGCUGGUCGGCUGCCUGGCGAAGACGAGCAAGGAUGGAGCGCUGCCGGUGGUGUCUGUGGUGAGAGAUGCCGAGUCACAGCUCCUGCCCGACGUAGGGGCCAUCGUGACUACAAGGAGAGAAGACAUUUGAGCCACAGAGAAAGACAAGGUGGAAGUUUACAAGAGUUUCCGACCUGGAGGCAUAGUCCUGGCCAAAGUGAUCUCCCUGGGGGACAUGCAGUCCAACUACCUGCUGAGCACAGCGGAGAACGAGCUGGGCGUGGUGGUGGCUCACAGCAAAGCAGGGGCACAGAUGGUGCUGAUCAGCUGGUGUGAGAUGCAGUGCCCCAGGACACACUCCAAGGAGCUCCGCAAGGUGGCCCGCAUGCAGCCGGAAUUCCUGCAGACCUAGCUGGCCAGCCUGUGCCCCGUCCCUGC